AUGGGGAACGCCAUCCGGGCCCUGGUGGCCUUCAUCCCGGCCGAGCGCUGCCAGAACUUCGUGGUGGGAGAGCUGCGCGAGAUGCCGCUGGACAGGAUGGUGGACCUGAGCGGAUGCCAGCUGCGCCGCUUCCCGGGGCACGUGUGCUCCUUCACCGAGCUGGUGAAGCUCUACCUGAGCGACAACCACCUCCACAGCCUGCCCCCCGAGCUGGGCCAAUUGCAGAACCUGCAGAUUCUGGCCUUGGAUUUCAACAACUUCAAGGCUCUGCCCCAGGUGGUGUGCACCUUGAAACAGCUCUGCAUCCUCUACCUGGGGAACAACAAACUCUGUGACCUCCCCGACGAGCUCAGCCUGCUGCGGAAUCUCCGGACCCUGUGGAUCGAGGCCAACUGUCUCACGCAGCUGCCCGACGUGGUGUGUGAGCUGAGCCUCCUGAAGACCCUGCACGCCGGCUCCAACGCGCUGCGUCUGCUGCCCGGCCAGCUCCGGCGCCUCCGGGAGCUGAGGACCAUCUGGCUGUCGGGCAACCUGCUGACGGACUUCCCCCCGGUGCUGCUGCACAUGCCCUUCCUGGAGGUGAUCGACGUGGACCGGAACAGCAUCCGCUACUUCCCCAGCCUGGCCCACUUGUCAGGCUUGAAGCUCGUCAUCUAUGACCACAAUCCUUGCAGGAAUGCACCCAAGGUGGGCAAAGGCGUGCGUCGGGUGGGAAGGUGGGCGGAGGAGACCCCGGAGCCUGACCACAGGAAAACCAGGCGCUGUGCGCUCACGGACCAAGAGAGCCUGGAGCCACGCGCGCCGGUCCCAGCUCCCCCCCUUCCUCCGUGCUCCUGA